ACUGAAACCUCCCUGCAAAAGUUUAGUUUUGGGAGUGAAAAUUGCUUGGAAACGGCAAAUCUCAUUUUAUUUUUACUUUUGGGUUCACCGGAUGCCUAUUUAAAAAUACGUGGUCAUGCGUGUAAUGCUGCAUUUAUUACUGUGUUGGAAACUUGAGUUGAAAUGUGGAAAACGCUCGCCGAUGGAGUCAAGAUACUAUGGAGUCAGCUAGCUCUGGAUGCUAGCUAACGAAUUAGCCUGGGAGGCAGAAUUGGUAUCAUCACCACUCACGGACAACGUAUACAUCCAUCCAUUUUCUUUGCCGCUUAUCCUCACAAGGGUCACGGGGAGUGCUGGAGCCUAUCUCACCUGUCAACAGGCAGGAGGCGAGCAGGCAGACAGCGCUUUCUUCUGUGGGCCAGGCUUUCAUUCCUGUCCGGACUCAACAGUGGCCAGCCUUCUAUCAGCUCACACGCUCUGAGGGACUGUUCACGCUUUGAAGUUCUGCAAUUCUUCAAAAAGACAUGGUGAUCAUUAUGUUUCCCCCCCACUGAAGAGUUGAAGAAUAAUCGAAGAAUAUGGAAGGCAACGGCGAGAUCAGCGAUACUGAUAGCGGGAUCAUUCUUCACUCUGGCUCAGACAGCCCGACGUCGCAUACAAAAGAUGUGAAUACGCACACGAGAGCCAUGAAGCUCAAGCACCAGGCGCUCCAAGACCGACUUGAGCUGUGCCUCCUGGAGCUGAAGAAACUCUGCAUUCGUGAAGCGGAGCUAACAGGCCAACUCUCAGGAGAUUAUCCUCUGCUGCCAGGCGAGAAGCCUCCAAAGAUCCGGAGACGCAUUGGAGCCGCUUUCAAGCUUGAUGAGCAAAGCAUCCCGCGGGGAGUGGAGGAGUCGGCCCUAAAUCUUGUGGAUGCCGAGUUGGCUCUUCAGUUUAAGAUCUAUGAGGCAGCACGUAAGCUUUGCGAGGAAAACCACCUGAGUAAGGCUGUUAGGAAGAGUCGGUUGCAGCAGUAUAAGCGAGAGGAGAAGAAACUCAAACAUUUACAAGAGACUGCUUUCCAGCUGCGGCUGGAGCACGGCCGAUCGUCACCUCUUCCUGCCUUUAAUAUCCCACAACAAGAUCUCAUUGCGUCUGAUGACAGCUCUUUAUCUGAUUCAGUGGUUCCAGAUGAAGACGUGCCGAGGGAGACUUCACAGCCACCCUCAGUGCUCCCAUAUUCAGGAGAGAUGGACUCUCCACAGCCACCCCCUGUGUCUUCAAAGUCCUACACAGACAGUUCCUAUCGGUCACCAUCUGUGGGGCCUCAGAACCUGCUUUUGACACCAAGCUCAUCGCCUCAUCCUAGCCUUGAUUUUUCCACGAGUUUUAACUCAAGCCCCGUAUAUGACCCGCCUCCUAUCCAGCACUCCCCGUGGUCGGAGACAAGCCUCGACCAGCCAUACCAGAAGAGCAAGAAGUCACGUUCCUCCUCCAAAGAAAGUCCAUCCAAGAACGAGUUCCUACCACCGCUGGAUGCUUGCUUGCCACUUUCUGCUCUGCCGCAACAGCUCUCCCAUAUGAAACUGAGCCGUACACAGUCCAGCAGCACGCCAUCCACGUCAGAGAUGCACGUGCACAGGCAGCUCUCUCUCAGGAUAUCUAAUCCAGAAUCUUCAAUCGGACCAAACAAGGACCGUGGUCGCGCCAGGGCUCCAAGGAGGCGACUGACAGAUCUCAACCAAACGCCGUCAGACAUUUCUCCUCUCUUGUUUAGUUGUGUAAACCAUGCGGGGUCUGAGGAUAGCAACUCUGAGCACUCGUUUGCAUCCUACAGCAGCUCCCCCAGUCAAGAGCUGCCUUGUGAUCUGCCUAAACACUAUCAGGCGGCCUCCCCCCUCUCUGCUCCUUUUGGUAGCUACGGACCUCAAGGCUCCCCAAAUCCUGGAUUUUACCACGGUCCCAGACACCAGUCCAACCAAAGUGUCCACAAAGCCUAUUGCAAUGACGAAGUGGUUUACCCUCCAUAUGUAGACAUGCCGUGGAGCUAUUACACCCGUCAGUCUCCCUGCCCCCCCAGCAGAUAUGAGUACCGCUACAAAGAAGCUCCUGUGCCCCUGCAGAGAGCUCCAAAGCAUUUGGCUCCCGAUAGCAGACACUCCCCAACCUCAGCACAAUGGGAUCGUCCACAGUACCAUUCCAACUGCCCCCCACGGCAAGUGGUGAACGAACAGUUGAAAUCGUGGCACCGGCGCAGUCAGCUCAAAGGACCCAGAUCACGUUCACUUGACAGACAGGGAGCAGUAAGGGUAAAAAACAUGGCGGCUCUGGAGGCCAUCCGAUACCAAAAUCAGAAGUACCAGGAGCAGGUCAUCCAAAGAAGAGCCCUUCAACUGUCCACAAAUGACUCUCAAGAACAUUGGCCUGUAGACAAUGGCACUCACUAUAUGAGUCAAGUGUGACACUGCGAGAGUGAAUCAUUUCGGACCAAGUGAGAGAAGUUUCAGUUGCACUCGUCGGAAAAAAAUCAGCAGUUGAAUAAUCAAAUCUAACCUGCAUGGGUGAAAACAAUCUAGGUUAUGUAAUUUUGUGAUGUUUUGGGAUAAGUGUAACAAUUUUAGAACAGCAACCUGAAUGCCAAUAUGAACUGAAAGGCCCAAAUAACGGUGAUUUCUUACAGCAGUGUUUUACCACCUGCCGUCUUCAAACUGACGCCAUGUUGACCAUGCUAUUUCAAGUACUUGUAUGAAGAAUAUGAACCACCAUUGUAAGAUACCGUACGCGAGUAAUGUGCCCUAAAGUGUAGAAAGAAUAUUUUUGUGUGUGCUAGACCAAUCAGCAUACCAGUUUUGCCACUUUUAAUCAUGAUCUGAAAUUUGCAGAACAGUCUUGUUUACCUACACUUGUUUGUUUUUCUUAAGUAUACCAGUCAAUGUUAAUUACUGGCGUGCCUAUGCCUUAACUAGUUGAAACUAUGCUGCUGCUCUCUCUGCUAACACACACAGUACAUGCGAUUCAAAGUAGCACAGCAUGGAAAAAAGAUGACGCUUGGCAGCUCUGUACAGUACAUGUUGAAUGAGAGAUUGUGCGAGAUUGUGAUUACAAACCAAACUUUAGUUUGCCAAUGUGUCACAAAGAAGAAGUCUUGAUGGCUUAACUACACUCACUCACACCCUCUUACUGUAAUGUAUUUAUCUGUUAAUUUAUUUGUGGUAUGAAAUCAACUGAAGUCAGACUUGAAAUCAAUGAAGCUGCAGUGAGUUUAUACAGUAAAGAGCAAGAGCAAAAUCGUGUUUCCUUGUGUGUAUUUCUAUGGUCAUAUUUUUGUAUUUAAGUAUUGUAGAUGCUGUGGUUACAAUGAAAUUUGUUGAAUAUGCAGAAAUGUUUUCCUGUGGAAUAAAGACC